AUGAUACCUGAUGAUGUUGAUGAUUACGGUAAUAAUGAUGAUAUCAAUUGUACCAAUUCAAUUAUACGAUUAAGAUUAAUUACGACCAACGAAUCAAUAUUAAAGAUAGAUGUUAGUAUUAAUACCGAAUUCUUUGAAAAUCAAUUUGAUACUUCUUUAUAUAACACGGAUGGAAUUAUUAUUUAUGCCAUAUCGAGAAAUUAUGUUUUGAUAACUUAUUUAUGCGGAAAUAAUUCUGGUACUUUAAAUAAUACGAGAUAUAAUGUUUGUGGAACAAUUAUUGAUUG